UGCUUAAUCUUGCAGUGUAGGUCCUUUUUUCCUCUCCUGGACAAUGAGAUGCAACAUGGAAAAUGUUUUGUGAUGGUUGUUUUUGCAGUGAUCACUAGACUACUGUUUUAUAUGGAGGAUCAAAAAGUUAGGUGACUUGACUUGGCCAUAGCAACCUAUUUCUCCAUGCUGACGAGUUGUUUCAAAGUGCUACAGAGAUGUGCUGAUUCUAUUCCAGAGAUAGAGUCUGGGAAUGAAGAGCACAAGGAAUUUUGUGAUGAUGCAUGGCUGCUUGAUCCGCUGCUUUUAACUGCUAAAAUUGCUACCCUAAAUGUCCUCAAAAUGAACUCCUGGAGAAAGAAAACAAACAUUGGUCCAACAUGUUUGUUUGGACCAAACAAACAUGUAGCCAGUUUAAUGACUCUUAAACUGGCUAUCAGUUUAAGAGUCAUUGUCUCUUAAACUGAUAGCCAGAUUAAGAGACAAUGACUUUUGGGGACUUCAAAGCAGAGAUAAGUUCCCUCUUCUCAUUAUAUAUCCACUAAAAUUUAAUAUUUAUUUUGGCUCCACUUACCUGUGAAAGGGAGCAUUUUCACAGAUGAAAAAAAAUUUAACUAAAGGAGCACCUUCCUGACUGAGACCCUGCAGACUGCAUCAGACUGGCUGUCUGCAUCUAUGAACCAAACUACAGAAAACCUACAGAAAGACUUUGUUCUGAAACAUCACAUUGACUUGUGAAGCUCCUCCUUCUAGCACUGUAAAAGGUGAUAUGGAAUGAGAUUGUUCAGAGCCACAUUCAGUUUAUUUGUUUGCAGGAACAUGUCACGUCUUAUCUGUGAAAAUUUGUCAUUUUUCACAGAAUGUGUAAAGCAGUCCCAUCAAUAUUUCCUUCCCUUAGGCUCCUGAUCUUAUAUGUUCCAUAAUCUAUAUCAGAAGACCUAAUGAGGGAGUGUCUCUUGUGAGCCAACAUUUUGUGAUGGGUUUUUUGCACUCAUGAGCUUCUCUGUUAACUCAUCACUGCAUAAAUAAAAUGCCUAGAUUUAGGAGGGACUUUUAUCAUUCAGUGUGUCAACACAAAUCUGAAUCAAGUUCAGGGAUUUUGAUUCAAAAAAGUUAAUGAGUGGUUCAGAUGGUUGGCCAGCUGUAGGAAGAGUCCUGCUGGUUCCAAACUUCUUCCAUUCACCAAUGAUUCACUGAGCCCAUUGCCUCAAAGUUUACAAAGUUUUCUGGAUUUUUCUCCAGAUUUGUGUAAUUGUGACAAUGCUGUCUCUGAGAUCUGCAGACAGUUCCUUAGAUUUUAUGCUUGGUGUUUGACCUCUGAGCUGCAAUGUCAACUGUGGGACUUGAUAUAAACAGGUAUUUCCAUUUCAAAUCAAGUCCAAUUAACUGAAUUGACCACAUGUGGACUUCAUGUUUACCUUAGAAACAUAUCAAGGAUGUUGAGGUUUACAGGUAAAGCAUUAAGCAAAGACUGUGUAUUUUUAUGUAUAUGUGCCUGUGACGGGGUUCUAUUAUGACUUGGUCAAACAUAAAUGACUGGCUAAGGCUGGAGAUCACUUUAGAGGAAUUUAUUAAACUUGCACAAAGAUGGCAGGUGCAGAACCAACACAAAGGAUAUCCAGAGCAGGUUGAAAAUCAAAUAAACUGUGCAACAGUCCAUCACUUACAGUGUGACUUCUUCAGGAGUCUAACCACAGACUGCCUGCCUGUCUUCUUCUUCUUUGUCUUGUUUUUUUAUGGCGGUUGGCAAACAACUUUUAGGUGCAUUACCGCCACUUUCUAGACUGGAGUAAGGAUCAGAUAUUAAUUCACUAUAAUCUUCCCAUAAUACCUGUUCUCCUUAGAAAACUAAAAAUACUAUUAAAAACUACAUCCCCAGAUGGUCUUUGAAGCAAAAUCCUAAUAUCUAAUUUAUUUUUAUUCCUACUUAAAUCUCUAAUCAACUCCCCCCUUUCCUGAACAUACUUACUACAUUCUAAAAAAAAAAAAAUGUUGUAUUGUUUCUAAUGACUGCCUACCUGUGAAGCAGAGCCCUGCUUUUAAAGCCACAGGCUCCGCCCACAGAAAGUCCAAACAAUCAAAAACCAAGCAAUUACUUCUAACUAAAAUAAUAAUAAUAAUAAUAAUCAAUGAUAAAUAAAUAAAUAAAUAAAUAAAUAAAUAAAUAAAUAAAUAAAUAAAUAAAUAAACAAACUUGUAAAGAAAAAUACAAUACUCAGUUUAAUAGAAAACACUCGGUACGUUCUGAUGACAUCAUGUGACUCCCUCCCAGCAAGCCACAAUCUGGAAACAACCCUACUUGAAAAUAGAACCGGGAAAAUGUUUGAUGCUGAAAAUAAUGGGUUUAGGUUGAAUGUUAACUGAAGCAAGAACACUGCGUGUGCCCCCACGAUGAACCGCGUCAGUUUAAGCUGCAACAAAAAGACAAAGAAACCUCCUCCUCUCCACACUGGAGCCGACUGGAAGGUCGUCCUCCAUCUGCCAGAGAUUGAGAAAUGGCUAAGAGCAACCAGUGACAGAGUUGCUCAACUCACACACUCUGUUGGACAAGACGGUGACAACAGACAUGUGGAUGUCCACCUAGUACAACUUAAGGACAUCUGUGAGGACAUCUCUGACCAUGUGGAGCAGAUUCAUGCUUUACUGGAGACGGAGUUCUCCCUGAAGCUGCUGUCCUACUCUGUAAACAUCAUUGUAGACAUUAGGACAGUGCAGCUGCUGUGGCACCAGCUGAGAGUCUCGGUUCUGGUUCUGAAAGAGCGUCUGCUACAGGGUUUACAGGACCCUAACGGAAAUUACACCCGGCAGACGGACAUCCUGCAGGCAUUCAGCCAGGACCAGCACCAGACCCGUCUGGAUGCUCUCACAGAGGUGGACGACUGUGGUCAGCUGACGAUCCGCUGCAGCCAGGACUACUUCUCCCUGGACUGUGGCAUCACUGCCUUUGAGCUGAGCGACUACAGUCCCAGUGACCAUCCUGAGGACCGGGAGACAGACUCCACAGUGGAGGACACCUCCCAGGAUAUCAUUCACACCACAAACUCAAAUCUUGAACUGCACAAGAGUUUAACUCGGCUGUCUCUGCCCAUAGACGUAGACAACCACAGCCAUUCUACACCUGAAACACCCACAAAUCAAAGUGACAUGCCCAAAUACAGUGAAAGCUCCAAACGCCCGCUACAGGCUGUAAGUCACAGCACUGAAUCUUCCCCCACACAGCCAUCCCUUCCCAAGAGAGCAGCCUUAUUCUCAAACAAAGGAACCAAAUCAAGAGGCAGUUUUAGGAAGGCCAGGCAGCAGUCUGAGCUGCAGCAUAAGGCUGAGCUGAGUCAGAGCACCCCCUCUCUUGUGAAUCCUCCAGACAGAUCCAAGUUCUGGCUAGAACUGGACUCGGUUGAUCUGAGGAACCUUCCACAAUCCAGCGAGAGUCUUCAGAGAACAAUUGAGCACAACCUCAAAAAGCACCAUGUGAGCUCAACACAUAGAAAACCUGAGGGAAGUUCUGGCGCCAAUGACAGCCUGUCUGUCUGCCACCUGAUGUCUCUGGAUGAAAUAUCCACCCCAACAGAAAGGAGGCAGAAGAGGACAUAUGCAGUCAGUAUGGGUGACUCGGACUCCUCCCUGCCCUCCCCCAUUUCAGAGCAGCUUAUGUCCUCAGACUUGGAGGCAUCUGGAGAGGAAUCUGAUGCUCAGCGAGGUGGAAGCAGGAAUGCAGGGUGGACAGUGAACCGGCAGGGGCACAAGAAGGGAUCCCAAGUUCCAUCAGAAAGGAUCCAGUCCAGAGAGCACUGGUAUGGGUCAGACGAGUUCCUGGCUCUCCCUGCUCAGCUCCAUGAAACUGAGAUGCUGGCUGUGAAACUAGAAAGUCUGAUACAGUCCAGCGCCCUGCAGAACCAGAGAGAUGUGCAGAAUGUGGAUGACUGGGAGCUGUCAGAGCUUAACGUAGACUGGGACACCGGAGAAAGUGGAGUCAACAUGAGAAACAUAGUGGGGAGCGGGGAUUGUGGUCCAUCUCCCCUGCUGUCACUGCAUCCUCAUAGACAAACCUCAGUGAGAUGCUUCAGCUCCUCCUCCAGUGACGUUGCUCCAUCAUUGGAAGACAGCAUAGAAUCAGGGCCCUUGAGUGACCUUAAGUCAGGAGAGGAGCAGAGCAGGAGGUCAGUGGAUGGCUCCCCCCAGCUGUCUGUGCCCCUGGUGGAUGGGCGUGGAUGUGCUUCUCUGAUGAAAAAACUGCUGGACGACAUCCAGGAUCAGAACGAAGGCAUCUGGGUAAAGAUGGAGUGUUUUGUGCAGAAGUUGGACGGGUUCAUCUCAUGGCUACAGGAGGCAUUAGACAGCACUGAAAACUGGACGCAGCCCAGGCAGGACUUGGACAGCCUUAGGGUUUACUUGGACACCCACCUGACCUUCAAGCUGAAUGUGGACAGUCAACUUGCGCUGAAGGAGAGCAUAUUGGCAGAAGGAAAGUCACUACUCAGCGUCAUCACCUCCCACCAGAUGGCUCUGAAGGAUAUCCUCCAUAUGGUUGGAAGCCAGUGGGAUCAGCUCCAGUGGCAGAUCCGACGCCAACAUGGCUGGAUGCUUCGCGCCCUUCGUUGCAUCCAGACCCGCCUCCUCUACACCAGCCAUUCGCAGCAGCCCUGUGCAUCCACACUGGACUUAUCAGCCAAUGGGCAGUUUCCAUGCUUUGCAGAAGACCUCAAGGUGGAGCAGAACUCAACUGAAUGCAACAUCCAGCAAGUUGCCCUUGAGACGAUGUCAGUUAGGCUGAGAGGACUCCACUACCCAUCAUCCUCCAGGAGGUACAACAGGAGCAGCAGUUUGCAGGAGUUUGAAGCAGAGUACCAGGAAUUGUGGGAGUGGCUGAUGGACAUGGAUGCUAUGGUAACCGACAGCCACCAGUUGAUGAUGUCAGAAGAGCAGAGACAUCACCUCUUCAAAAGCAGCCUGGCUGAGCUGCUGCUGAUGGAGAGCCGGAAGACGAGUCUGCUCAGGCAAGCUGCCAGUCUGAAGAGGAGUGGGACUGAACUACCGAGCAACUUACACGUCAAAAUACACAACCUCACACACACAUGGCAGCAACUAGAGAAAAUUCUCUCAGAGCAUUCAGUACCCUGUUCUUCUGAGCAAAAGCUGUCAUCAAAUGUGAAUACUCUGCUGGUCGCUGGUCAGGAUGUGGCUGCUGAAAGUCCUCGCUCAGCUUUGUCCCCGAUGACUAAUUCACUACUGGAACAGCUGGAGGCUCGAAUCAAGGAGCUUAAGGCAUGGCUUCGAGACACAGAGCUGCUCAUCUUCAACUCCUGCCUCAGACAGGAGACGUGUGCCUCCGAGCAGCUUUCAAGUUUCAAGUCCCUGUGUUCAGAGAUCGGCAGCCGGCGCAGAGGAGUCGCUUCAGUUCUGAAACUGUGUCAGAAGUUGCUGCAGCAGAGCCAUUCGGGCCUGAUGGCUGAAGUGGGCCCAGACGCGGAGCAGCACCGGGAGGCCCUGCAGCUGCUGUCAAUCAACCUGGAGAGGAGGUGGGAGGCGAUAGUGAUGCAGGCGCUGCAGUGGCAGAACAGACUGAAGAGAGAGCUGGGAGAGCAGCAGGUUAAUGGAAACAUUCUCGAAACUGGCCUAGUGGAUCUUCAUCAGAUUAGCCCUGUGUCAGUGGCUUCAGUGACAGUGCCACCAGAGGACUCCUGGGAAUGGGAUGAGACAGAUAUGUCGGUCAUGGAAGCAGAGCGGCAAGAUGUACCACAACCUGACCUUACAACCAACCUCCCCACAGCCUUGCAAUCAAGACUGCCAUCAAACAAUAUUUUGGCCACUGACAAUCAACCUGUUGAGAUUCAAACUGAUAUCCAAGCCACUCAGUUAAAAGAGUUGUCUAAUUUGAAGGAUGGAUCCUCGAUGGAUGUUAACUCCCAUUCCCCACCAAACAAUAACGUAUAUCAAGUGUACAGCCUCCACAGUAUUGAAUUAUGCAAGCAGCCAGUGUUUCCACUUCCUUCCACAUUAAUGCACAUAAAUAAACCUGUAAAAAACAAAGAAAAUUUUUUGCUGAAGAGCAUUAGUAAGGAUUCUUCCUUGUCCUCCAUUGAAUCUCUCCCUGACCUCCUGGGAGGUUUGAUGUCAAGUAGCAAACAACGAGAUAGGAUCAGUGAAUUUUGUAGUAGGGAAACUGAGGGUGGCAGAAGGAGCGGUCAGUCGGAAAAUAGUCUACGAUCAGAUUGUGAGAGUGGGAUUGUAAGUGACAAUGGAGAUUCAGAGACAUCAUCAAAUUCUGGAGUACAUGGAAAGAAAGAGGAUCAGGGGAUAGAGAGACAGGAGAAAAGAGACCGGAGGAAAGGUGAAGUUACACAAGAACAUUAUAGUUUAGCUCUGGAAAAGAACUGCAUUGCCCCUUAUAAAAGGAGCCAGAUGCAAAUCUCUACGAAUUUGGAAGAAUGGAGAAGAAAUGAGCUGAGAUGUGAAAUAAAAAGAAACAAGGAGGAGAAGAAGAGGUGCAAACAGGAUGUGGGGGAUUCAGUGGAAUUCCUGAUAAACGGACAUGGGAUCCUUACACCGGCAAACUCUGACAUUGAUGUGAAAGGACUUGAUGACUCUAAGAUGUUCAUGUCCCAGAGGGACAACACACAGUGUAACCCUGACCAUUAUAACAGUUCAGAAACUCCCCCUGCUCUCAACAGUAGGACAUCAAGUCCCGUUUUGUCUCAGAGCUCUUCUCUGGAGUCUCUAUUGGCUCUGGGUAUCGACUUAUUCCCCUCCAAAGAACGGCUGCAUCAUAGCGUCUCUUUGGAGAGCUGUCUUAAUCCAUGCCACAGCCCUGACAGGGAGGCGGCGGGCAGUCUCACAAGUCCCAACGAGAUGAACCCGGGCCAGGAAAAAGACCAAGAUAGAAUUAAUUUAAGAGCAACCAUGGAUACUGAAACAGAGGCAUCUUCUGGAGAGCUAAGCCAAAGAACUCUUGAUCUCCUGAAACGUUUGGAGAACAUUCAGAAUCCUUUGGGUGGGAAGAUGACUCGAAGUGUUUCUGACAUGUCAAUUCAAAGCAGCAUCCCACAAAAGAACCACUUCCCUGUUUCACCCUCUUUAGGGGGUCAACACACUCCUCUCUCCAGGAUGUUUAGCACUUCAUGGAAAGGACAGCCAUCACUGAUCAAUGAAAACUUAUCAAAAAUAUCACUAACUGAACUGAGUAGCACAGAAGACUCAUCUCUGGGGUCUGAGGAUUUUGUCGUGCUCAGAAACCAGCACCCUCUUUUCCUAGAUCCAAACAUAGCAACCAUUUCCAGCCCUCGUAGGAAACAUUGUCACAACAGGGGAGGGAAAGCUGUGGAUGAGUCGGAUGCUGCUAGUUUAAGCAUGGUGGUCAACGUUUCAUGUACAUCAGCAUGCACAGAUGAAGAUGAAGAUGACAGUGAUCUGCUUUCAUCCUCCACACUGACUCUCACUGAAGAGGAACUUGGUGUUCGAGAUGAACAAGAUGGAGAUGAUGACAGGGCUAAUGGUGUGUCUUCUGGGAAUGAGGAGGAUGAGGCUAAUGAUGAAGAUGACAUGGAAACAUCCUAUGAGUUGGGGCUUGAGUACAUGAAGAGGGAGUUACAGAGCUGGAUACGACUUCCUCGCACCUCUGUAUCCUCCUCGUUCAAAUCGGAGGCAGGUCUUCUGGAUGAGCUGCAGUGUGGAAGUGCUCCACUUUCCACCUUCACAUUCUCACGUGCACAAUUAAUGAAUAGCAGUAACAAAGCUGGUGGCAAUAUAAGUACAAAGGAAAGAGAAGAUGAGACCAGACCGAAUGUGACGAGAAGCUACAUCAGCCAAUUUGUCGAUGAUGUGGAGAAUGGAAACAUCGACCACAGCUGUCUACAAGGAAAAGACGAAGACGAUGAGCUACUCCAAGAAGAGUCUGGCUUGUUCACUCAGAAAAGAGACACUUUAAGGGACAUUUAUGUGAACACGAAAACAGAAGACCAAGUUGAAGACGUUGGCAACUUGAGAGCUGAAAUGGAUUCAGUUUCAACAAGUCAUAUUUGUUCAUCACCAUCCAGUGAGCUGCAUCCCUUCUCUUCCAAGCGUACUUCCUGUUUGGUGGGAGAGCUGAGAGGGGAGCUCCCCUGCCAUAGUGCUUCACUUCCUUCACCCCCUUCUCUGUCUCCAGUCAACUGCAGAUCCCACAAUGCACUGGACAACAACCUCUCAAUUGCUGGAGGACGGAAAGCCAUCACAAUUCAAGAGAAGUUUAAGUUCUCAUCGUUGGUCACAGAAGAGACAAGGAGGGAAGUCAGAGCAAAAGAUUCAUCUCCGCCAUCCACAAAAGGCCACAAAUCCCUCGCUUCCUGCUGCAGCCCCUUCCUCCUAUCGGCCUCGCCACUCAGCGUUGACGAAAGCAAGAAGAAGAAUGUUCAUGACUUUGUAAUGGAGAUUAUUGACAUGGCCUCUGUAGCACUGAAAAGCAAAGAGAACCAGUCAGAUGGAGCAACCCAGAGGGAGACCAAUGUGUCUGUCCCAGACCAGUCCUCCACCUCACUAGCACACAUCCGAGACAAGGUGCUUGAACACUCCCAUAGGCCUCUGCAUCUUCGAAAGGGAGAUUUCUACUCCUACCUGUCUCUCUCCUCCCAUGACAGCGACUGUGGUGAGGUCAGUCAGUGUGCUGAGGACAAGAGUUUGACCCCUGUGCCCUACACCAUCCCAUCCUAUUGCACGUCGACACCAACCUCAAACAGUCCAAGCCCUGAACUGUUUCCCAGCACCAAAGUGGCAAUGUCUUCCUUUCAGUCAGCUCAGUUGAGCAGAUGCUCUUCCCCUAGCCUGACUGCCAAGGACUACAUCGGCAGUUUGGAUUUGAAGUGUUUUGAUGGUGAACCUGGCAGCGUCUCAGAUGAAAGCCGAGUGGAGCAGCAGUGUUCUAGCCCCUCUCUGUCCGUACCCACCAGUCCUGACUUCAGGAAUGAGGAGACGCUGUUUGAAGCCUGUACAGAGGAAGUUUACCUUGGACCACCUUUGUGCUACAGCAUGGUGAUCAAAAAGAAACCUCAACCCUCCAACUAUAAACUGUGUUUGGAGACCUCAUUGGCUGGUGGCUGUGAGCUGAUUGAAAAUGCACCUUGUUUGUCCCAAGAGGGAAAAAGUUCCAAACUGGACAAUAGGCAGACGGACCACUUGUUCUCGACACAAGGCUCUGGUUCCACAAAUGAAACCCAGAACUUCUACCGUCCUGAACCUUGCUACAGCUUAUUUUCCACCUCUUCGCUCUUAAGAAGCAACUUCAGUUCUUCAGGUGACAACCUUUUUUCUCCUCUACCUCUGUCGACUGAGGCAAUGGAAGAAAAGCUCGGUGAAGACCUGUACCUCUCCUCUGAUGGUGUUGUAGGAAAAGUCGCGACUGCUGUGAGUGUCAGCACGCCGCAGGAGGAGAGAAGUCGUAAUGAGGGGCCUUCUUAUCUUAAUCCCUGGGUGCGUGUCGCCCUGAUAGACUCCUUCGCCACAGAAUGUUUGGCAGAUACUAAAACGCUUGAAUCCAAUAUGGGCACCGUAAUGACCAAGAUAAGUGUCUGCAGCUCUGCUACAAAUCCCUCAAAAGAGCCAGCCACCGCCGCCACGCGUAUUAAUCCCAAAAUUAACUGCUCAGCGAUGAGAAGGCCUGAUAGGGAGGAGGGGAAGAGGAGCAAAGAGGCAGAUACUCGAUGGGCAGAGGAGGAGGAAAAGAGGAGAAAGGGCUGGAGCACUUCGCAGCAAGAAGCAAAGUCUGCCCUGGUGAAACAGGCGGGAUUUUGGCCAGUUCUCGGUCACAGCGUUGGAGCAACACAGGACGAAGCAAACCCUCAGUGAGGACUCCUUCUCAGAUGAAAGCAGUCAGAAGACCAUCUGGGUUGGGUGCAGGAGUCUGAAGGAUGCAGUUGUAGACCUCUCUGGUUCUCCCUCUGUGCUUCUGCAGACUUCUACCUCCCGGAUCUUGUCUUCUGACUCAACUCACAGGAGGACAUUAGCUGGAGCUGCACAGGUUGGGAUUGGCCCAGCUCACCAGCCUGAUGAGUUGGUGAAUUUAUGAUCAUGAAGCAGUUAUAAAGACUUUUCCUGAGGAUAUUUCAAGGUUCUCUGAGGUCUUGCUUGAAUGUAAAAUUUAAAUGCAUGUACACUUAGUAAAAAGGUAAUUGACUUAUUUAAAGGUGUGACAGAGUUUUUGAAUAUUCAAGGGAAUAAGUAAACAUUUUAGAUCAUUUACUGUGUAAUCACCUUUUUCAGGGAGGCUCCGAGAAAAAAUAGUUCUCCAUUGGAGUACUUUGUCAGACAUUAGUCCAAUUCCAUGUUCGAUUGCUCAAAUUGAAGUGGACUAAACUUAUUGUGUCCUAUAGUUUAAGAGACUGAAAUAUUUCCUAGGAAGUAUUUUGUAUUAACCUUGGUUUCAGUGAAAAUUGACAUUGUCUUUUCAAGUAUGAUUGCCAACAUCAAAACAGAAAUCCAAAAUGUUUUGGUCUUGAAUCCUACCUGUCAUGGUGAAAAUGGUGGAUUACAGCAGGAAUCUGUGAAUCAGGUGAAUUCACCUGAUUGUUGAGUUGUUUGACCAGUUGAAAUGGCACAUUCAAACCAAAUGGAACAAAAAAGAUAAACCUAAAUGACUGUUUCCAUUUCUUUACAGAGAUGGUUGUGAAACUGAAACACAAAGAGAAUGCAGCUUUUUAAUAUAUAUUGAAAUAGUUUCAUGUUUUUGUCAUGAUGCAAGAGAAGACAGCAGUGGGGCGAACAUUUGCAGAAUAUUAACUUCCUAGUUUUUCACAAUAUGUUACUUUAUAAAGAAUAAGGCUCCAGUCAGUUCCAGUUUCUAAAGUUCUAGCUUCUGAACCAGUGAUUGGUAGACUUCAGAGUUUCAUUGCACUGUUUAGAGUGUUGAUGUAAUCAGCUUUGGUAAAUGUUUUGAUUUCUAAAAGUUGUGCUCCAUUUGCAUAGUGAGAGGUUUCUUCACAAACUGAAAAUCUUCACACAAUAAGUAGUACUUUAUUAAGUACUACUUAAUAAUCAAAUAAGAACUGGUGAACAAGAGCUGAACUAUUCUCAGAAAAACUGCAAUGAAUAGUCCAGCUAAUAGGAAGCGACAUUUAAUUUUUUUAUUUAACCAUGAGAGCUAACACUACAGAGACCUGUGGAGCUCCACUAGCCCCCCUCUACCACAGACAUGGUGACCCAUGUUGCUACCAUAACAACUGAUAAGCAAAGGCCUGCCACAGAAUGUGACCAAUGUCUAAUCCUUCCAUUAGUAUUUUCUGUUUAGGGAAAAGGGAAAUUUAGGCUGAACAAUACUUUAAAAAAUCAAAAAACAGCAACUUGAGAUCAGCUGAAUUUACUCGCCUUCAAGUCCAUAACAAAGAUACUGAAAGUUAUGCAAAAAAGAUUUAUAGAAUUAUGUAUGCUGGUCUAUAUGGUACCUUGCAAAAGUAUGUACACCGCAUAAGCAUUUUCAUAUUACUGCAUUACAACCACAAACAUGUAGAUAUUUUCUUAUUUUAUGUGAUAGAUUAAGUCUUUAGUUCAUAGUAAAGAAGUACAAAGAAAAAAACAUAAUUUCAUUUGAAUUUGGAUCUUACUUUUCUUAUUACUCCUUUACGCUGAAACGAGUGAAUAAAAUUUCAUGCUAUGAAAAACAGCCUAGUUGAUUAACAGACCAGCCUUUGGUUUAAGGACUCUCAGUAUAAAAGCAGUACAGUUCUGGAAGAAAACCUCUGAAAAGACUGAAGACAACUCUACACACAGCCAGAGAGCUGCAGUAGGCAUGUUGUCAUGGACACAAAUAAUCGGAAUAGAGGGCUGAGGAGAAUAAACAUUUAAACAAUUUAUUUUUAAAGUCAUAGUGAGGUGUCAAUAAAAUGUUAAUGAACAAAACACAAUGACAAAGUUGGGAACAAUCAAGCAAGAGGUUGAAUACUUUAAAAUGCAAACUUUCAUAGUCUGAGAAAGAGGAACAGAAGCUGAUGGGCGAAACGUUAUUGCAAAUGAAUUUUGUUUUGUUUGGGUUUUUUUCAGUUCUCUGCCCAAGUUCCUUUCAAGAACAGUUAUAUUAAUUUUGUAAAGAAAAAAAAAAAAAAGAUUUCUGGCCCAGUAUUCCAGAGUCCUACAAAACCUCUGGCUUAGAUCAAAGAUUGUCCAUGUGUUGCAAUGAACUAGUCAAAGGUCAUACUUGAAUCUAAGUGAAAUCUGGGGCAAGAAGACAGCUUUUGCAGAUGUUUUUCAUCCAAACUCAAUGAGCAAAAUUUAAAGAAAAAACUGAAAUCAGUCCAAACUGUUCUGUUCAGUGCUGUAACUAUUCUACAAAGCACACACUAAAAACUGAAUACGCCACACUUUUCAGAUUUGUUUUUUAUUGAAAAAAGUAUUGUAAAUCCAUAAAGUUUUCCUUCCACGUCACUGUACUGCUGUACUUUGUGUUGAUUCAUUAAAUAAAAUGUGGAUAAAGCAGAUUAAACUUUGGAUUGUAGCCUGACAAGAUGUGAAAAAGCUAAAGGGGUGUACAUACUUUAUCAAAGCACUGUGAUGUUUUUAGGGGACAAUAAAAUGUAACCUGGAAGCUGUAAUGAAGACCAGACUCCAGAACAGCUUGGUCUUUCUCUAAAAUGUACAGCAGGAAAGGAAACGGCAGAGCGUCCUUUCCUGCCCUCCAGCUCAUGGAUCUUUAUGUGGAAAAUAACUCCUAAAUAUUCAAGAAAAAUCUGCCUCAUCAUUGAUUAUUUUUUAGCACAUUUCAGAAAUAGUCUAAAGAAAAAUCAGUUUGAGAAGUUAAAACACCUCAGUGCAGUCCUACUCUGUAUUUUGCUUGGCACUAAUUGGACCUCCAAGAGAGGAAAUAAGGAAGACAGUAGAUGUUCUUCUGCUGCAGUGCUAACACUGGCUCCACUGAGAGCAUUAAUGCUUAUUAAGGUAUGUUUGGAAUUAGAACUAUUAAAACAGGCAUUUCUAAGCAAUUACAGGAGAAGUGUCAAGUUUUAAUGGAUUUAACUAUCCACAGGUGGCUGUGGUCACCAACGUUGCCAAUACUAGGGGCCCACUGUGUAGAUGAGAGCAGGGUCUGAAAGGACAAUGAAGUCAAAUAGUGAAGUGAAUUGCUAACUUUAUAUUAAAAGUUAGCAAUUCCUUCUUUCGUCUCUUUUUUUCUUUCUUCCCUCCUUCCUUCCUUCUCUGUAUUCUACCACAAAUCUGAUGAACUCAGUAAAACAUUACCCUGUAUGCCGUUCUUGAUGCUGCCGUUGUAAACACUGAUCAAUUACCUGUAUGCACUCCUUAAACUACGCACUGUAAAACCAAUGUGCUGCUUGCUUCAUACCUGUAUGUCUUUGUCUGGAUUUGUAAAGGAUUUCAGGAUUCACUUGGUAAAACUCAUAACCUAGAGUCAUAGAAAUGGCCUCCUCGUCUGUGUUCGAGAUGUUUGACUCAGUAGAGAUGUUCUCUAUGGAUGUUACUUUAAGAAUAAUGAAAGACUUGAAAUAAAGUUCUGUUUCUGAUGCAGGGAAAACUUCUGACUGAACAGAGACUCUUCUCCCUCCCCAUGUUCACCUUUGCAGCUCUGGUAAAACUUCACGUGAUUUAAACUGAACUCUGUUUCACUUUAGAUUUAACACUAGUUGUAUGUUACUGACUAGGAAAUAUUUGUUCUAUCAGGUGACACUGUAUGGAUUUUACCAGUUCUCUUGUUUUUUGUUUUUUCUUAAUUAAUUCAGCAGCUGACUGAGGAAUUAUGAUUUCUCAUAUUUAUAUUCUGCUGGGAUGAGAAAGUCAUUUUUCAUUUUACCUUAAAGCAUGUGGAACCAAAUAUUUUCACUCUUUGCUUACAGUAGCUUCACCAAACUACAGGGUGAAACAAUUGUCUUUUAAAUGGUGUUUUAUCUAUGCAACACAACCAAAGUUAGCACGAGCUAAAGCAGCGUUGUGUAUGAGUAAAGGUUCACUGAUGCGCAUUGUGUUAAUACUUCUUGGACUUUGUAACAUUUAUUAUUUGUGUUUUUGUUCUUAAGCAGCUCCUGGUAUGAUGAGCAGUGAUUGAAGUGGGACUGUUUUCGAGAGGCGUGGAAGGAUGAUGGGGUUUGAAGGGUUUUAGUAUACUUCUGUGCCUUGCUCUGCUGUUAAUUCUCACACCUUUUAUUAUUUCUGAACGCCAGUCUCCCUGUUAGUGAAUAAACAACAAUCAACAAAGAAUAAAAUAAACACAAGAGGCUUGUUCAAAAUUCACUGUACAAAGCACAGGAGGAACUCUAGUUGUAUGUGUUUUACUGUGUAUUUCAUUUGUGAUAUGGGCUUUCUUUAUUACCAAUAGGAGCUUGACUGCAUGGUUUCUGCUGACUAUAUUGUAAAACUAACUGCUGAAAAAUAAACUUUACCGGA